AAUCACCAAUAGAUAUGCUUUAUACUCAUUCUGAGCAUUACUCCAAGAACUGUCGGACCGCUUGUUAUCUGGUCUGUAAUUAAGUACAAAUUAAUUAGGAAGCCAUCAAGUACCUAUUUAUAAAAGAAGUGUUUUGAAUGGAGAAAAACAUUUAUAAAGUAAAACAACAGUGUUAUUUCCAAAUACAAGAUGCCGCAAGAUACUACGAACAUGGAUGUAGCUUUUAUAAAAGAAUGGAUGGCAAAGGAACCACAUCUACCAACUGAUCUCGGUGACGAGCUCAUAGCAAAGUUCUUACAUAGUUGUUACCACAGUCUGGAGCAAACGAAGAAGUGCAUCGACCGCUUCUGCUCGAGUCGCAGCCAGAUGUCCGAGGUCUACACCAACAGAGAUCCCUUGUCGCCUCAUAUGCAAACAGCAUUUUCUAUAACAGCGGUCGCUUCAUAUAGGUGGGGCGAUAUCGAAAUUCUCAUACAAAAAUUCGACGAUCCGAACCAAGAAAAAUAUGUGUUCUACGAUUUUCUGAGAACCCACACAUUGCAGGGGGAUUAUUGGAUACAGCGGCCAUUCUUUGCGGAAGGUCACUACAUAAUUCUGGACAUGUCAGACUAUACUCUGAAGAUGAUAUCGAAAACAAACAUAAUGUUUUUGAGGGACUACAUCGUUUAUAUGCUGGAAGGUAUGCCGAUACGCGUGAAGAAAAUAAUCGCCAUCAACACACCCUACUUCUACGACAAGUUCUACGCCCUAAUCAAACCAGCACUGCCAGCCGAAAUCUGUGAUAUUAUCCACUUUUAUCCGGACCACGAGAGUCUAUACAAUAUCAUUGAUCGAAAAUGUCUUCCAAAGGAAUAUGGCGGCGAAGGUCAGAGUAUGGUGGAACAAAACAAAGAAUGGAACGAGGAAAUCCUUGCGAGAAGGAAAAUGCUCCUGAACGAAAACUUGUGGAAAGCCGACCUCAAGAAGAAGCCGAAAGGAAAUGACAACACGAUGAGCGGUUCUUUUAGAACUCUAUCGAUUGACUGAAAGAAAUUUAUACUAACAACUGUUUCAUAAGUGCUGUAGCGAUAGUAAUUUUGGCCUUCCCGGUUGUGUCAAAUUAAAAAUGAUCGAUGUCCUAAGAAAACUAACUAAGAAAGGUAACUAAGAAGAGUGGCCCUUAUGAAUUGUUGGUGGAGUGUUUAUAUUAAGCAAGCAACAUUAAAAUUAUAUGAGCAACAUUUGCAUGCUCACAAUCGUGGAGUCGCUUUCGAGUAUUGUAAAUCCUUAACUUCAAAGCAAAAUGGACCUUAUGAAUCUCGGCUCAGAGUCACAAUUUCUGCAAUCUUACUUUGUUUUCUACUAAAAGAGAUUUCUGUAGUAGUGUGGAUGGCUUGGAGCUUUAUAAUAUGGUAGGUACAUAAAAUUUAUAUUUUACUCUGAAGUUACAGAGUAUUGAUGUCUGAAACCAACUCUCGAUUGAGAGCGUACAAAUAUUAAAUUAAGGGUACGAUCUUUUUGCUCUUGAAUUAAACACGAUAAAUUUUGUGAAGGCAAGCGAUUCUUUAAAUUUAUUUGUCAAAUUUAUCCUGUUAGGCCAUUUCAGUUUGACAAUGGAGACCUAAAGUGAGUGUUGAGUUUUAGUAUUUUUUUAAAUAAAGGACUUAUCGGUCUGGCCAUUUGAAAUCUCCAUUAAAAGCAAUAAACCUUAGCAGAUUCCUUAGAUAUGUUUUAUUGCAUUACUUUUAUUUUAUUCACCCAUAUUAAAAAUUGUCGUUUUCGUUAAGAAUCAUACUUGAUUCUCGUUCUAUAAUCACUAUUUGAUUUCAUUUGAUAUAAAAAUGUCAUGCUGACAGUAGCUGUGUCAACAUUACAGUUCUGUAAGGGAUGACAUAUUACACCAUAUGAACCAUUGGGUACAGGUCUCCUCUUUAGUAGGAAAGAGAGUUGGAUUUUGGAAGGGCAACCCGUGUGUGCACGUUUUAAGUUCAAAAUCUUUCUCUUCCAUAAGAGACGAGGCCUCUGCCCUGAAGUAGAACACUAAUUGGCUGAGAAUUAUUUAGCGAAGACCUUUGAAUUACAAUAUAGAAGUACUCUUCCAAACAAAACGUAGAGCACCGAGAGGUGAGCUGAGAGUUUUACACGGUCACAAUUUUGCAGUUUUGGAAAGCCACCAUUAAGAUGUACACGGUGGCCACCGACUACACUGUUUUGUGUAAUAUAAGCUCUUUAUUUUUAAAUCAACUAAUAUAUCUACUAAUUGAUUUCAGCUUUUAUCUAGCCCAGUUUUAGAUUUCUAUAAAAAUAAUUUCUCCGUUCGGGUUUCAGUUUUUUGUAUCGCGUCCCUUCUUUAUUAAAGUAGUUUGUAAAAUUAAGUAAGGUAAAAAAAUAAUGUGAUAAAUGAAUAGGAGGAACUACGUAUACAUACUUAACGCCAAUAUUACCUACUUAACCUUUAAGUUCGUAAUAAGUGUACGCAGAUUUAUAUUCAAAAGUAAUUAUAAGUUAAAUUUAUGGAAAUGGUACCUGUUGUAUGUCAUAUGCAAUAAAGUGAAUUAAUUAAAAUG